AUGGCAUCCUCCAAGCAGCCAAAAGCAGAGUCGUCCAAAGUCCACGACCUGAAUGCAUCUGAGGCAGCUUCAGUUGAUACCCAGCUUUCGGCCCCUGGUGAUCUAGGCGCGGGCGAGGACCACCGUAUAUAUAAUGUAUACAACACGACGUCAUUCACAAAUUAUAGGAUUUCUCAGUCCAACGAUAAGUCUACACUUUACUACGUCAGAACUUCCAUCUUUACACCUGGAAAGCCAGAAAUAACGUUCCACGUUGGAGAACGUGGCGGUUCCAUCGUGGGGAUCGCCAACUUCCUCAAGUUCUCCUCACACUCAAAAAUCGGCCUAGGAGACCCAGCUGAUACUGUUAACAUGGUAUGGGAGGAUUUUAAAAAGGAGAGCGUGGACCACUCCAAAUAUCGUUUUGAGAUGACAGUCAAGGGGGAACGAAAGGGAUUCCUCUGGAAGAGAACACGCAGCAUUGGAGUCGAAGGGUCCGUCCCAAACAAAUUUAGCGAAUCAAACUUCAAGCUACUCGAUGAGGGAACCGGGGAGCUGCUGGGAAUUUAUUCUACCAACGGCAUCAAGAGCAUAAGAAAAAUGGGAAAGUUCCAACUUAACCGAAACUACGGCCCCGAAUUUGAUCUUAUGUUCCUUCUCACCGGUAUGGCCUUGCUUGAAAAACUGCAGCGCAGAAAGCAUGCCCGAGGCAGCGGCGGCGGUGGUGGGGGAGGAGGCUAA